GCGUCUGACUCCAGAUCAGAAGGUUGCGUGUUCAAAUCACGUCGGGGUCAAUGUUUUUUUGUUUUUUGCUUUUCAAUUAGAAAUUUAAAAAAUAUUCUAUAAAUUAGUGUCACACAUUCAAACAAAAAUAAUUAUAAAUAUAGCCUGUAAUAAUAAGCGAAUAUUUUGGAAAUUGUAGAUAGAAGAAACAUAACCUCACCGGUAUACCAGUUUGUAUUGGCGUGGGUUAAAAUGCAACAUGGACGUGUAACAAAAUUUUAAGGUUUGUAAAUAGAAUGGGUAAAGAAACUGAUUCCGAGAAUCCAAAGAAAAGAAGAAAGUCAGUUAGUGGGAAUUCUGGAAUGUCUCUUAAAGAUGGUGAUACGUAUAAGGCUAUAAUCAGUUAUGAAGAAAAAGAGGCCACAGAAAGAUUGUCAGAAAAUGAUUCUGAAAGCUUCUUAUCAACUUGUGACGAUAUACGUAAAGCUAUGAAUAAAAUAGCAAAACUAAAAAUGAGUGGAGAUGCCAAAGAAGAAAUACGCGAACUUCAAAUUCAAACAUCCUUAUCAUUCAUUGAACUUAAGAAACUAAAUAGAAUGGAAAAGUUUCGAACAAAAUUUGCAAGAGAUUCUCUGAUGUCUUCGAAAAGUAGUGUUGACAGUAGACAUUUACAUUUACAGAAUUUAUUGUACGAAGUGAUGCACUUAAAGAAGGAAGUUCUUAAAUGUCUUCAGUUUAAGUCUAAAGAUGAACUGAUACAACUUGUACCAGAGGAAGAAUUUUAUAAAGAAGCUCCUGAAAGUAUUUCUAGACCUGAUAUUGCAAAACAUAAUCCGCAUCAGCUGAGACUGGCUCGUUUGGAGUGGGAAUUAACGCAAAGAAAACAGCUUGCUGCUUUAUGCGACGAAUUAACGGAAAGUAAAAAAGCAGUAGCAUUAAACAUAGAAUCUAAACAAUCACGGCUCGACAAUCUGGCACCACAACUUUAUUCGAUAUUAGAAGCUAGUAAACCGCUCCAAGAAAGUCUUGGGUUACCAUUGGAUAGAAUCAGGCAAGAGCAUCACAAAGCGACAUUACUUGCAUCACCAUUAUAUGUUCUUCAUGCAAAAGCAUCAGCAUAUAGAGAUGCAUAUGACAGUACCAUAAUUGUAAAAAUCGAAGGCGACGAGGAAGAAGCGAAGCGUGCAAAUAAUCAGGAAGGAUUACAAGAAUCUGAUUCAGAUCCUGAAACAUUAUCUGAGAGUAUUACAGAAGAAACGCAUAUCCAUAAAAAGAGACACCAUAGAUUAUCUAGGGAAGCUAGACAAGAAGAAAAAAGAUUAAGGCUGCUUCAAAGGCAUCCCUUACAUGUGAAAAUAGUUAUUAAAUUAAAAAAUGAAACAAAAUUGACAUUACAGUUCUUUUACAUAAUGUUUCUGAAAGUAGUUACAGUAGAAUCAAAAUUGAAAACCGAAGGCGUUGGAAGCAAUAGUACUGGAGAUAUGCUUGUAUCAGAAUCAAUUUUAAGAGAAUUGUAUCCAAGAGAUUUAGGAUUAGAAAGUCCAAACCCAGCUAAUUAUUAUCAACUAAGUCGAUAUAAUUUGGGUAAUUUUUCAUCGCUCGGAUUGGGAAUUCCAUACAAAUGGGCACAAAGGAUGGCUGGUCUGAAUUUCAUAUCACCCGAUUCCCGUGAACAGAAGGUUACAAGUUGCGAAAUAGCUCAAGAUAGUGUUGAAAGUGUACUGAGAGAGAUUAAAAGACGUUUAAAAGCUAGAUUGGAAUUAUGCAUGGAGAUCCGACAGUUAGAAUCUGGAAAUUUAUCUCUUCUUGCUAUUACAAAUGACACUUUACCACAAAAAGUUAAUACAACACUACAAAAAUUUACAACAAUAUCUUGGAACGUUUAUUCUACUUCUACGAAUUCUGCUCUUCAGCAACAGGGUUUAGUGACAUCAUUAGACAUAUUUUAUGAAGCUGUCCUUCGACGUGGAAACAAUGAAUUAACAGCAAGAAUUGCUAUAAAACCUGAUUAUCCAAAGAUUGCGGCAAUAUUUGAUAUAAGUAUACAUCCUAUGGUACCAGUUGCUGUCGACAUUCUACGAGACAUUGAAAGAGAAGUGAACGUUAUGUGGACAAAACCGCCCACCUUAUCUGCGCAAUUGCAACGGCUAAGAGCUUGUUUCGAUAUUUAUGUAGAAACAGAAAAUAUAGUACCGAAAGAAAAAAUUUUCUUUCAUCCUAUGAAAGGUCGUACUCGUGCAAGACCUUACAAAUAUUUAGAAUUAGGAGGUGGAAUUUUCAUUCAUCGUAUGGCGAACGAUAAAUCGGGUAUUUUGUACCUGUUCGAUCGACCCGCCGAGCCGGUCUACGUACCUAAGGGAGACAAGAAGGUUGCUUUCGACAUACCAGCCGAUUAUUUGCCGGACAGGUAUCGACAGGUAGCAACGCAGGUAUUGAACCGCUUCGCCGAUGAUACCGAGUCGAAGCUUCCUGUGAAACAGAUCUCCCUUCCGGAUCUUAGCAUCCCCAUGCAAUUAGGACGGCGCGAGCCUUUUUCGCUGUUCAUUCCAGCGCACCGAAAAUUAGCAGCUCGGCUUAUUGAAAUUUUCAUGGGAAUGAGGACGUACGAGGACUUUCUGUCUGUAGCAGUUUACUCCCGCGAUCGCGUCAACCCGAACUUGUUUAUUUACGCUCUUUCCGUAGCGAUAUUACAUCGUCCAGAUACAAAGGAUCUGCCGGUACCACCGCUGACCGAAGUAUUUCCGGAUAAAUAUAUCGACGGUGGAAUUUUCACGCGGGCCAAGGAGGAAGCCAACCUCGUACCUACAGGAUCGAGGAUUCCAAUCGAGAUUCCCCGAGAUUACACCGCCUCGGACCUCGACGAGGAACAUCGCGUCGCAUACUGGAGAGAGGACAUUGGCAUCAAUCUGCACCACUGGCAUUGGCAUUUGGUUUAUCCAUUCGAAGGCAACAUGAGUAUCGUGAACAAAGAUCGUCGCGGCGAACUUUUCUAUUACAUGCAUCAACAGAUUAUGGCGCGAUACAACUGCGAGCGUUUGUGCAAUCGGCUCGGUCGCGUGAAACGGUUCAUUAAUUGGCACGAGCCGAUUUCGGAAGCUUAUUUCCCGAAACUGGAUUCCAUCGUUGCGGGCCGUACAUGGCCUGCUCGCCCAGGCGGAGCCAUUCUGAAGGACAUCAAUCGUCCGGUGGAUCAAUUGGAUUUCGACAUCCAAGAUCUGGAGAGGUGGCGCGAUCGUAUAUACGAAGCUAUUCACACCGGGGCAGUGGUUAAUACGAGGGGCGAUCGCGUACCCUUGACUCAAAAAGACGGCAUCGAUAUAUUGGGGAACAUUAUGGAAGCUAGCAUCUUGUCCCCGAAUCCAAAUCUGUACGGCGAUGUUCACAAUUUAGGCCACGUCGCUAUCUCCUAUUGCCAUGAUCCGGAUCAUCGUUAUUUGGAAAAUUUCGGUAUCAUGGGUGACUCUGCCACUGCCAUGAGGGACCCCAUAUUCUACAGAUGGCACGCUUUCGUCGACGAUCUUUUCCAGGAAUAUAAGAACACUCUGCCCGAGUAUACUGUCCAAGAGUUGGAUUACCCGGGCAUCGAAGUAGACAGCGUUAGAAUAGCGACGAACGAGCAGCCCAACGUCUUGCACACCUUCUGGACCCAAAGCGUGGUGGACUUAUCUCGAGGACUCGAUUUCGCACCUCGCGGAGCAGUGCUCGCUAAAUUCACUCACCUGAAUCACACGGACUUCGUGUACACGAUUAUUAUCAACAAUCGCGGUAACAAACCGAAACGGGGAACGGUGCGCAUCUUCAUCGCGCCGAAGGAAGACGAGCGUGGACUACCCUUCGCUUUCAAGCAACAAAAGAAUUUAAUGAUCGAGAUGGACAAAUUCUCUGUUACACUGCGGCCAGGACUAAACACGAUCGAGCAGAAAUCAACGGAUUCUUCGGUAACUAUACCCUUUGAAAGGACGUUCCGUAACUUGGACGAGAACAGACCGGUGGGCGGCGAGAGCCUGGAACUUUUCAAUUUCUGUGGAUGCGGAUGGCCGCAACAUAUGUUGGUGCCUAAAGGAACCAAAGCGGGCUUCCCUAUGGAACUUUUCGUUAUGGUGUCGGAUUACAGCGGCGACGCCGUUGAACAGAACGAGGCGACCGGUUGCACGGAUGCUGCCAGCUUUUGCGGCUUGAGAGACAAGAAGUAUCCCGACGCGCGUCCCAUGGGUUAUCCGUUCGAUCGUCAACCACGAGCAGGUGUUGAAACAUUGCCACAGUUUCUCACCGGAAAUAUGGCGACCACGGAAAUACUAGUGAGGUUCACGGACAACGUGGUGCCUAGAACCAGAUCCGGAAGCCUUGGGAAUACGCUGACCUUCAUCACAGUUACGUUACAGAGAUCGUGCAAUUGUUGCUCGCGUAUUUUGUUACUUUCGCUUUCUAAUCCGUUCGAGAAAAGAUUCUUCAAGAUGGCAAAAGAUAAAUCAGGUAUUUUGUACCUGUUCGAUCGGCCUGCCGAGCCGGUCUACGUACCCAAGGGUGAGAAGAAAGUCGCUUUCGACAUACCGGAUGAUUAUUUGCCCGACAGGUACCGAAAGGUAGCAACACAGGUGUUCAACCGCUUCGCCGAUGAUACCGAGUCGAAGCUUCCUGUGAAACAGAUCUCCCUUCCGGACCUUAGCAUCCCUAUGCAAUUAGGUCGGCGCGAGCCUUUCUCGGUGUUCAUACCCACGCAUCGAAAAUUAGCAGCUCGGCUUACCGAGAUUUUUAUGGGAAUGAGGACGUACGAAGACUUCCUGUCUGUAGCAGUUUACUGUCGCGAUCGUGUGAACCCCUACAUGUUCAUUUACGCUCUCUCCGUGGCAAUAUUGCAUCGUCCUGAUACGAAGGAGCUACCAGUGCCACCAUUGACCGAAGUAUUCCCGGAUAAAUUCGUCGAUGGCGGAAUAUUUACCAGAGCUCAGGAGGAAGCGAACCUUGUGCCGCCAGGAUCGAGGAUCCCGAUUGAGAUUCCCCGCGAUUACACCGCCUCGGACCUCGACGAGGAACAUCGCGUCGCAUACUGGAGAGAAGACAUUGGCAUCAAUUUGCAUCACUGGCAUUGGCAUUUGGUUUACCCGAUCGAAGGCAACAUCAAAAUCGUGAGCAAAGAUCGUCGCGGCGAACUUUUCUACUACAUGCAUCAACAAAUCCAAGCUCGAUACAACUGCGAACGUUUGUGCAAUCGGCUUAGUCGCGUGAAACGGUUUAUUAACUGGCGCGAGCCGAUUCCGGAAGCGUAUUUCCCGAAACUGGACUCUAUCGUUUCCACUCGUACGUGGCCUGCGCGCCACAGAGGAGCCGUUCUAAAAGACGUUAAUCGGCCGGUGGAUCAAUUGAACGUCGACAUCCAGGAUUUAGAAAGAUGGCGAGAUCGUAUUUACGAAGCUAUUCAUACCGGAACUGUGACCGGCCCGAGGGGCGAACGGAUACCUUUAACCGAGAAAACUGGCAUCGACGUAUUGGGGAACAUCGUGGAAGCUACUAUCCUCUCCCCUAAUCCAAACCUGUACGGCGAUCUCCAUAACAUGGGCCACGUUCUUAUCGGUUACUGCCACGAUCCGGAUCAUCGUUACUUGGAAUCUUUCGGUGUCAUGACCGAUCAAGCUGUUGACAUGAGGGAUCCGAUGUUCUACAGAUGGCAUGCUUUCGUCGACGAUGUUUUCCAAGAAUAUAAAAGCACCCUGCCCGAAUAUAGCGUUCAACAGCUGGAUUAUCCAGGCGUCGAAAUAGAGGAUGUUCGAGUGACAACGAAUCAGCAGCGCAACGUUUUGAACACUUUCUGGACCCAGAGCGUCGUAGAUUUGUCCCGCGGUCUCGACUUCACUCCCCGAGGACCGGUUCUCGUCAGAUUCACUCAUCUGAAUCAUGCCGACUACACGUACACGAUUAUCGUAAACAAUCGCGACAACGCAACGAAGAAAGGAACCGUACGCAUCUUCAUCGGCCCCAAGGAAGACGAACGCGGUCUACCUUUCACGUACAGACAACAGAAGAAUAUGAUGAUCGAAAUGGACAAAUUUACCGUGAUACUGCGACCAGGACAAAACACGAUUGAGCGUAAAUCAACGGAAUCUUCGGUAACUAUACCCUUCGAGAGAACGUUCCGCAAUUUGGAAGAGAACAGGCCGACGGAAGCCCUGGCUUUGGAUGCUUUCAACUUCUGCGGUUGCGGGUGGCCGCAACACAUGUUGGUACCCAAAGGUACCAAAGACGGCUAUCGCACGGAUCUUUUCGUCAUGGUGUCGGAUUACGCUGGCGAUGUUAUCGAGCAAAGCGAAUCGACUGGUUGCGCGGAUGCAGUCAGUUAUUGCGGUUUGAGAGAUAGGAAGUAUCCUGACGCACGUCCCAUGGGCUAUCCGUUCGAUCGUCAGCCACGCGACGGCGUAGAAAGGCUGCCGCAAUUUCUCACUGGAAAUAUGGCGAUUACGGAAGUGAUCAUUAGAUUUACGGACAGCAUCGUGCCUAGAACCAGGUCUGGAAGUAUCGGAAACACAUUGACCUUUUCUUAAAGUGCACCGAUCGCUUUUAUUCUCGACGGUCUUUGCAACCUUAUCGAUCGUACGCGCAAUUCGUUAAUAUGUUACAUAAUAAUCAUAUAACUUAAUCGUGCAAGGCUCGAGCAGAGAACAGGAUAGGCUAGAACGGUGAUGAAGCGAUAUAGGAACGUUUGAAAUUAUAUAUAUAUAUAUAUAUUUCG